AUGACUGCUAUUGAUACAUGCAACAUUUCUGCUCAGAAGCCGCAUCCCAGAAUUAGUGUUGCUGCUUCGCGUGCCCCGAGGCUCUGGCGGCUUAUGAAAAAGUCCGAGCAUUACCCGAACCGAGAUUUCUUCCUCCUGCAUUUUCUGAAACGAGGAUCGUACAUGAUGAGACAUUGGCUACAUCAAAACGCACACGCGGUUCCACUCGUUAUGAAUCCAGAGGAUCACGCCCAUAGACAGUAUCCCGAGCGUUUGCAGCAUGUGCAACGUCUAUUUGGUGAUCGAUGGUAUGGAAGAAGUGACGACAAGCUGAAGAGAAGCAAGUAUAUAUUUCCAAUUGACGAGGAAGAGCUGCAGCGCUUGGAUAUAUUUCACAAACUCUUCCUCACAGCUCGGGGCAAUGCCCUGUUCUCGUCGCCACUGGAUCCCACAACAGACUUACGGAUCCUUGAUCUCGGGACAGGAACGGGGAUCUGGUCAAUUGACAUGGCCGAACACUUAAAACCGAAUGUCGGAUAUUUAGAGCAGGUAGAAAUAGAUUGGGAACCACGAUUCAAGGGCGGCAAUAUUCCGUACAAAUGCGCCCUUGUCGACUGGACUGACAAGUUGCUGCGCGCCAUGGAUCGGCACGGUCGUUCGAUGAGAGUGGAACCAGAGCGAACGAGAAGACAACUCAGAACUGCUGGAUUUUCAGAUAUCCACGAUUGCUCAAUCAGGGUCGGCUUCACUCCUUGGUCGGAAGACCGUCACGAGAGAGACGUAGCAUUAUGGUUUGGGGCUGGUUUUAGUCGCGCCAUUAAAGCCCUGUCCUACGGCCCUAUGAGCUUGUAUCUUACCAUGUCUAUCAAGGACAUCGACCUGCUUUGCGAAGCCGUUCUCGACGACUUACGCACUGCACGAUACAAAGCCUAUUGCAGAAUCAAGGCACUCUUAAUCACGAACCGUCUGGAGGCGGAUCAUACCAGCUUCUUCGUUGGCGCGGACCGCCUCAUUCCUCCCCCCCUCAAAACUCCCGUACAUGGCCAACCUCCCAUGCUGAACUGUUAG